AUGGCUGUCGAGUUGAAAGCGUUUCUUCUUCUUUUAACUUUUUUGUGUAUUUUUGGGUACUCCGAGGCACGAUCUUUCGUUAUAGAUUACGAAAACAACUGUUUUCUCAAGGAUGGCAAACCCUUUCGUUACAUUUCUGGAUGCUUUCACUAUUUUAGGGUUCCUCGUUUCUACUGGAAAGACAGGCUCAUGAAAAUGAAAGCAGGCGGUUUAAACUCAGUCCAAACUUACGUCGCUUGGAAUAUUCAUGAACCGGUUCAUGGCCAAUACAACUUCGAAGGCGAUGCGGAUCUUGUGAGUUUUAUUGAACUCGCUAACAGCGUUGGACUGUUGGUGAUUCUCAGACCUGGACCGUAUAUUUGUGCCGAGUGGGAGUUUGGCGGCUAUCCGUCAUGGUUAUUGAUGAAGAACUCAUCAAUUUCUUUGAGAACCAUGGACAACAAGCAAUACCUAUCGUAUGCAGAGUCCUGGCUGAGCGUGCUUUUGCCCAAAAUGAAGCCAUUGCUGUACUCUAAUGGGGGACCAAUCAUAUCUGUACAAGUGGAGAAUGAGUAUGGCUGGAGGUAUGAAAAAAACCUCAGUUAUUUGUAUUUUCUUGAAGAGUUGUUUCGUAAAUACCUUGGCAAUGACGUUGUUUUUUUUUCAAACAAUGGAGCUUCGGAGUCUGCCGUCAAGAGCGGCACUAUCCCUUCUCUGUAUCCCACUUUAGACUUCGCACCUGGAACCGAUUUAGAUAAAGCAUUUUCAUUUGUGCGGGAGUUAAAACCCAGGGGACCCCUAGUAGUUAGUGAGUAUUAUCCCGGGUGGCUGGAUCAGUGGAGUAUACCUCACCAAACCAGAACUGCAGAGGAUGUGGCUAAGACUUUUGACAAAAUGCUGGCAAUGAAUGUAUCUGUGAGCUUUUACAUGUACAUGGGAGGAACAAACUUUGGUUUCCUGAAUGGUGGAGGGUCAACACCGCGCAUUACAAGCUAUGAUUAUGAUGCGCCCUUGACAGAAGCUGGGGAUACAACUACUAAGUUUCACAUUCUGCGAGAGACAAUUGCCAAGUAUGAGAAAAUACCCGAGAUUCCCAUCCCACCAAACACCACAAAGUUUGCAUAUGGUAAAGUUCAAAUGACCCAACUUUCAACCUUCCUUGACGCUGCACCAAAGCUUUCUGCUCCCCAUGGCCCGGUGUAUUCAGCUUUUCCUUUGACCAUGGAACAAAUUGGACAAAGCUAUGGAUUCAUUCUUUACCGAACACAAAUUCCUCCAGAGUUUGCUCAGUCAGCUGUUGUCUUGAAUAUCACUAACUUAGCUCGUGACCGAGCCAUUGUGUAUGUUGGAAAACUUCGCCAAGCUACAAUGUACCAUAACCGUAAAGAUCAGACUGCAUUUCUUAUCAUUGGGAAUGACUUGCAGCUUGAUAUUUUGGUGGAAAAUAUGGGAAGAGCCAACGGUGGUAUUGCUGACCCUAAAGGGAUCAUUGGCAAUGUUACAAUAAAUGGUGCAGUUCUUGUCAACUGGAAGAUAUAUCCUAUAAACUUAGACAAUCUCUUUUCAGCUUCAGAUGCACUUGGCUAUCUUCCCAAGCCUGAGAAAAACGGUAAAAAGGUAUUUACCACAGAUAAUAGCUUUGCACCUACUUUGUUCUACGGAGAAUUUCCUGUAAAUUCCUCUUACGACACAUUUCUUCACCUGCCUGGAUGGAGUAAAGGGCAAGCGUUUGUAAAUGGCUUUAAUUUGGGUCGCUACUGGCCUGUGAUUGGUCCACAAGUCACAUUGUUUGUACCAGCAAAUGUUAUAUCACUCAAGCAGAAAACUGCCAGUGUUGUGAUAUUGGAGUUGGAUGGUGCUCCUUGUGAAUCUCUGGAAACUUGUUUUGUUGAGUGUGUGACAACUCCUAUUUUAAAUGGGGCUGUACAUCCUAUAGAUGGUGAAUUUAGUGUGAACACUAUAAAAAAUGGUAAAUUUCAUUGAAAUGUCUUUUUGAUUUCCACAUAAAGAUUGAACCGUACACAAGAAAUUUUGUAAAAUAAAUUGUUGGGGUUAGUCUAAUGACUCUGUGUAGAAAUGUUAUCCCAUCUUUGACAAAGAGAUUUUUUGUUCCUUUUUUUUGUCCGGAUUUAAGUCUAAGCUCUGCUAGCAUGAUAUUGAAAAACUGUUUUUGCAAUAUUUUUAGUUGUGUUUUGUUUUGAUUGUAUUUUGGAAACAUCAUCAUCGUCAUCAUCAUCUGUACUCUAUGUUAGUGUUCCUAAUGGUUGGUAGAAUAGCAUUAGGGGUCUAAGUGCCGUGGCAAAAUUUAAAAAUGAAUACAUUACAUAAACAUGUUUUAGACUGUAAUUUAUCAUUUUUGUUUUUGUUUUUUUGUACUUUUUGAUAUUUUAUAAUUGUAUCUGGAUCACAAUAAAAACUACUGGAAUUUCCAGUAAUUGUGUUAUCCAUUAAAGUCCUUUAUGAUAUUAUUAUUAUUAUUUGCAUGACUUUCAAAAAUCAUGUUACUGAGGAUGAACUGUGUUUUGAAAAUUCUUGUGCUGUUUGCUAUUUCUUGAAUUUGUUCAACUAUUUUGUUUUGUCUUAUAUUUCUUUACAUUCCUUUGCAGUAAUGGUUAGUUUGAAUAGUUAGUAGUAUAAAAUAAUAAUUCCACAAUUAUUAUGGAAUUCACGCUGUCACUUGUGUAAACAUCCAGUAAAAUUUAUUACUGUGAAACUCACAAAACCAUGAACACCAGAAAUAUUUAUGGAAUGUUGUUGUGUUGCAAGAAAUAAGCCAAUAAGGCGCGAGAAAACUAUACUGCAAACAGCAACGGUAACAAGUUUGUGGUUUUGAGAUUUGUUUGUGUAUCCUGAACUUUUUUGUGAUUGGCCAUUACACAACCAACAUUCCUGAAAUUUUUCAGGUGUUCACGGUGUUCUGAGUUUGACAGUAAAAAGGUUACAAAUAAAACUGUUCAGAGUUUUUACCUCAAUGAAAGCCCUAUUUAACCAAGAAAGUUUCCUUGACAAGUUUUUCCGGGCAAGAAAAAAUGCUCAGUGUGAAAACACAGCUUUGCUAGGUAUCAUUAUUUUUUAUGAGGUGGUGGAAGAUGAAGGCUGGUGUGAUUUGAGGGGUAUACCUUUGAUAUAUAGUGACCCCUCUUGACUCCUCUACGUUAGGUGCACCUUUUACAGAUUAAGACGAAAAUUUUCUCAUCCACUUCUCCGUCAGACAAUCACUAUGUUAAAUGUGGUUGUCCAAUGUCCAAAAAUUUUUGCUUGAAACUUGAUACUCAAAAAUGAUUGGGCAUUUAAUGAUCUCUUGAUUCACUUAAUUCUCUGCUAGCAUUCAACAUUUUUGCUUUUCUUGGUUUCUUUGAAAGAAAACACAUUCGUCUUAACAGUAACAAUUCUACUGUUCUUUGAAGGCAAUUUUCAACUGUUUCAGUAUUUUUUCUCAUUAAAAUGUGCUUGUCCCACGGACAAGUCAUGUCAAAGGCUUACACGUCUGAACUAAAUUUCUACCUGUCCCCGACAAAUAAAUCGGACAUAGGUUUUGCUGCACCCUGUUUUAGUCAUAAAUAUUUUUUAUGUUAUGUUGUGAUGACCUUUUUUUUCUAAAAGAAAGUGAAAAACAAGAAGUCAGGUGGCUUGUUUACAGAAACAUGAACAUGCCAACUACAGGAAUAUCAAUGGCUUGAGUUGCACAUGCUAAAAACCAUUCUGGAAAUAAACCUCUGCUAACAGUGUUAUCAUCCCAGUUGUUUAUCAUUUUGAAAAUAGACAAUUAAAGGCGAUCAAGAAGAGUUGACUUUACCACUGAUUUAUUAUUAUGAUGAUAAAAUCUUAUAAAAAGGUGCACUCAGAACUUCAGUAAAAUACUUUCUUAAAAAGAAAACGUCAAUAUCAAUACAAAAUUCCGGCAAAACCCCCUUUUGCAAUUCAAAAUUCCAAGAAAUCACAUAGAGUUAUAAAAUAAUCAAGUCAAAAGUCGCAGUGGAUGACAAAAAUCGGAUAAGUUUCUGAUCAAUGCAGCCAGAGAACCGCAGACGUAUUUCCGUGCCCUCGCAGGCUAUGAUCAAUGAGGCAAGAUAUAAAUCUUUUGCUGUUCAUUUCCAAUUUCCCGAUGAGAAAACGUAACUGAAGACGAAGAGAUCGAUUAAAAAAAAACGGUUAAAAAUAAGGAAGCAAUCAAUAGUCCUAAUCAGGAUGGCUCCCUUAACAACUUGGACGUCACGAAUUGAAGUUUUUGCUGUAAAGUAUAACAUAUAUAAUAAAGUAGGAGUGUCUUGGGACAUGCUCGCUGGUGAAGAUUUAAACAUUUUAAUUUUCAAAGCCUUAAUUUUGGCUCUGACUAUUUGCAUUUUUACAGGUCCCCCAAACUUAUAUGGAGUAUUUUUUGGUGUCCCGCUUUUCUUAAUUUUUUUUUGUUAAACGCCACCAGGAGAAAGAUGUAAGGUGGGUCAUUUUGACUACAAAUAUUUGGAAAAGGCAGUAUUCUGAUCCCUCAAACCUUGAUCCAUUCUCCUGAGAAAAUCAGGAGACGUACAGAAGUGUAACCGGUUUUAAUAUCUCGUUAUUUGAAGGUACACUUCAUGUUGGUAAAACACACGCGUGGUUCAAAAUUGCAAACGCUAGGCGUGCGCUACCCUUCCACGCUUCCAGUCUGCAGACCGAUCUCGCACCGAAACGGGUGGUCGUUUCGCGUUUACAUCAGCUGUUACAUGAUACCGUUGCGAGAUUUCGUACCGGACGUGGUGAACUCACGCCGGGGUGACUAGCGCCGGCAUGACAUUUUGUGGUGGUAUCAUGUAAACAAAUAUAGAGCCAUGAGAGGGAACCGGAGUGAACUCGCUCCGGGGCGAAAGUCGCCCCGGUGUCAUGUAAACACCCACAUAGCCAGCAAUUGAGAAUCAGCGAUAACACAUUUCGAUUUUGAUCUUUUUAUUCGAGAACAAUGAACUUUCAAAAGAAAGGGGAUGUUAGAAUGCACAUUUAUUACUUUUCAUCGGAUAUUGUUAUGCAAUCGUGUACUUCUGAUUUUGUGUACAUUGAUCGUCGUGCGAGUUUCAAUAAAUCUGCUAGAUUAUUUGAAUGGUGUGUUCCCUGCCAGUGAACCCAACUGAAACACAAUGGGUCUGGGAUUUCUGUGCCCUACGAUGCCCACGGCCCCGGUAGCCUCUUUUCCUAAAGGAAAAAAUCGGGAAAAGGACUCCUUUUCCCAUUUUUUUUCGAAAGGGACGGGGGCUGUGCACGUCUGGCUGGACUGCUUGAAAAGGUAGGCGUGUCUCAGGCGUGACUGGGGGCUCGUCAAAGCUAUUUCGAGAAAGGUUGUCGGAAAAAAUGUGCACGCGACAAUCCCGAAAGGUAAUAUGGGAUAAGAUCAAUACAGCGUUUCUGACACUGUAGCUGUCGAAUCUACCUUUGUUGCUUUCCUUUAGCAGUCGCAAACAUACGUCCAUGACCUCUAGUGCCAUUCUUUCAAGUUUCUUUGAAGAGCAGUGACCUUUCGGGAUUGUCGCGUGCACUUUUUCCGACAACGUUUCUCGAAAUAGCCGUAAACGAAGUACAAACAGCAGUAAUCAUUGGGUGAUAACAGGCACCACAGGUAGCCCAACCAAGCUCGCAAUAUGAGCAUCGCCAUUAUAUUGUUGCGUAACAUUCAAAGUAUAAGGAUUUGUAUGGGAAAAAAACCUAUCGUUUCUGUAACCUACGAAAAUGAAAGGAUUUCAAUAAAAAACAGCUUACCUUACUCAAAAUGUGUGUUACGUCUCUCCUGUGUAGUCUACGGGCCGAUAUAUGGCCGUCGUAUGGGUUUUUAUGUAAACGGUUUUCUCGCUACAUAUAAGGUUUAUCACCCGGGGGGGGCACUUGGGUAUUUCUUGGGUGGGUAUGUGCCGCCCGGGACUCCAAAAUGGCACCCCGUUCUGGAAAAAAUUUCCCCUAAAUUUAAUACCCCGUUCUAGAAAUGGGCCAAUUUUUUAUACCCCGUUCUAGAAUUCGCCCCAAAACUGAUACCCCGUUCUAGAAAUGGGCCAAUUUUUUAUACUCCGUUCUAGGGUGCAACAAGAGUACAACGGUUUGCUUGUUAACGCAUUGAACCGUAUUUUUAAAAGCAAUCUGUCCUUGAAUACUUUCAAAUGGCUGCCAACAAAAAUGGAGCUUUCGUGCGUUCGAAAUAUUAUACCCCGUUCUAGAAAACGCCUCUGAAAUGGAUACCCCGUUCUAAAUCAGGAGGUUCAAAGACCCCUUUGGGCGGCACAUACCGGUAUAUGUAAUGUAUGGGAGUACCCCCCCGGGGGUUUAUCAGGAGCCGAUUAAUCGGCUCCUAGGUUUAUAUAAGGUUUAUAUGAGGUUUGAAAUCCUUUCCUUUUCGUAGGUUACAGAAACGAUAGGUUUUUUCCCAUGCAAAUCCUUAUAUUUUGAAUGUUACGGAACAAUGCCGAUGCUCGCCGAUGCUCAUAUUUCGAGCUUGGGCUACCUGUGCAGGCACUGGGUUUGAGGAGGUGAUAUAUCAUGUUUCACAGUGUUUUGAUGGUAUCAACGAGAUUUCCGAAGGGCAUGAGAAGGGCCCCUUGUACAAAGAAAACUGAAAAUCUAAUAAUUCUCUCUAGGGAAAACACGCACAAAAGCUUAGCAUCAAGACACUUCCUAAAAUUCUUGGCAUGGCCCAGGGAAAUACACUGUAUACUCUUUUGCAUUUAUUAGGCUCAUUUGGCUUUGUGUGUGGGUUUUCCAGAUGAUAAGUAUAUUAGAAUACGAUUUGGCGCGUGAUACAACUCAUGUGACGUCCUUGUGAUACAUUCAAUUGCCGACAGGAGCUCAUCAAAUGUCGGAAAUCACGCAUAUCUUGGAUGGACAAGACGAAUGUGUUUUAAAACACGUAAACAGCUCAGCAAAAUGGCUUCUGUGUCGAGAUUGCUGAUUUUUGUGUUAAUUUUCUUGUGUGCUCUCAAGUACUCCGAGUCAAGAUCUUUUAUUAUAGAUUACGAGAACAACUGCUUUCUCAAAGAUGGUAAACCCUUUCGUUACAUCGCUGGAUGCUUUCACUAUUUCAGGGUUCCCCGUUUCUACUGGAAAGACAGGCUCAUGAAAAUGAAAGCAGGCGGCUUAAACUCAGUCCAAACUUACGUCGCUUGGAAUAUUCACGAACCGGUUCAUGGCCAGUACAACUUCGAAGGCGAUGCAGAUCUUGUGAGUUUUAUAGAACUCGCUAACAGCGUUGGACUGUUGGUGAUUCUCAGACCCGGACCUUACAUUUGUGCCGAGUGGGAGUUUGGCGGCUAUCCGUCAUGGUUGUUGAUGAAGAACUCAUCGAUUUCUUUAAGAACUAUGGACAAUAAGCAAUACCUAUCGUAUCUAGAGUCCUGGCUCAAGGUGCUUUUCCUCAAAAUGAAGCCAUUGCUGUACUCUAAUGGGGGACCAAUCAUAUCUGUACAAGAGGAGAAUGAGUAUGGCUGGAGGCAUGAAAGAAACCUCAGUUAUUUGUAUUUUCUUGAAGAGUUGUCUCGUAAAUACCUUGGCAAUGACGUUAUUCUUUUUUCAAACAAUGCAGCUGUUGGGUAUGCAGUCAGGACCGGCACUAUCCCUUCUCUGUAUCCCACUUUAGACUUCGGAUCUGGAACCAAUUUAGAUAAAGCAUUUGCACUGGUGCGGGAGUUAAAACCCAGGGGACCCCUGGUAGUUAGUGAGUAUUAUCCAGGGAUGAUGGAUAAGUGGAGUGUACCUCACCAAACCGGAUCUGCAGAGGUUAUCGCAGAGACGUUUGACAAAAUGCUGGCAAUGAAUGUAUCUGUAGCCUUUUACAUGUACAUGGGAGGAACAAACUUUGGUUUCAUGAAUGGAGGAGGGUCACCACCGCGCAUUACAAGCUAUGAUUAUGAUGCGCCCUUGACAGAAGCUGGGGAUACAACUACAAAAUUUCAUGUCCUGCGAGAGACAAUUGCCAAGUAUGAGAAAAUACCCGAGAUUCCCAUCCCACCAAACACUACAAAGUUUGCAUAUGGUAAAGUUCAAAUGACCCAACUUUCAACCUUCCUUGAUGCUGCACCAAAUCUUUCUGCUCCCCAUGGCCCUGUGUAUUCAGCUUUUCCUUUGACCAUGGAACAAAUUGGACAAAGCUAUGGAUUCAUUCUUUACCAAACACAAAUUCCUGCAGAGUUUGCUCGGACAACUGUUGUCUUGAAUAUCACAAACUUAGCUCGUGACCGAGCCAUUGUGUAUGUGGGAAGAAUUCGCCAAGCUACGAUGUACUAUAACCGUAAAGAUCAGACUGCAUUUCUUACCAUUGGGAAUGAGUUGCAGCUUGAUAUUUUGGUGGAAAAUAUGGGAAGAGCCAAUGGUGGUUAUGCUGACCCUAAAGGAAUCAUUGGCAAUGUUUCAAUAAAUGGUGCAGUUCUUGGGAACUGGAAGAUAUAUCCUAUAAACUUAGACAAUCUCUUUUCAGCUUCAGAUGCACUUGGCUAUCUUCCCAAACCUGACAGAAACAGAAGAGAGGUAUUUACCACAGAUAAUAGCUUUGCACCAACUUUGUUCUAUGGAGAAUUUCCUGUAAAUAGCUCAUACGACACGUUUCUUCACCUGCCUGGAUGGAGUAAAGGGCAAGCGUUUGUAAAUGGCUUUAAUUUGGGUCGUUACUGGCCUGUGAUUGGUCCACAAGUCACAUUGUUUGUACCAGCAAAUGUGAUAUCCCUCAAGCAGAAAACUGCCAGUGUUGUGAUAUUGGAGUUGGAUGGUGCUCCUUGUGAAUAUCCUGAAACUUGUUUUGUUGAGUUUGUGACAACUCCUAUUUUAAAUGGGACUGUACAUCCUAUAGAUGGUGAAUUCAGUGUGAACACUGUAAAAGAUGGUAAAUUUCAUUGAAACAAUUUUUAUUUCCACAUAAAGAUUGAACCAUAUACAAGAAAUUUUUCUUAUUUUUCUUUUUCCUGAUUGUCUCUAAACUAUGUUAGCAUGAUAUUGAAAAACCGUUUUGGCAAUGUUUUUAGUUGCUUUUUGUUCUGUUUGUAUUAUGCAAACAUCACCAUCAUCAUUGUUAUCUUCAUCAUCUUUACUCUAAUUUAGUGUUAUUAACAGUUGGUAGAAUAACAUACAGUUAACUCUCUCAUAAGCGACCACCCUAGCUUGCUGCACGACAAAGUGAUCGCUUAUGGGAGGUGGUUGUCUACGGGAAAAAUAGUAAAAAAAAUAAGCUGAAACUGAACUGAUUAACAUAAUUAGAUGAAGGUAUUUCCUUUAAAGCUAUAACUUAGGCAAAUAGACAACUGACAAUAAUCUUGUACAUUGCUGGAAAAGUGCUUUGAACUGUUAAAACUUUUUAUAUUUACAUCAGUGUUACAAUCCACUCUUUUGCCUUUAGGUUGUAGUAAAGCUGUCUUUUUGGUAAAUAAGUCAACUGCUAUAAUCUGUCAGGACACUUAGUCAGAGCUACCAAAAAUUGAACUUUUGUGGCAUUCAAGCAGUGGUUUUCUUACAAUCAUACGUGAUCAUCUGUGGUGGUUGGGCUUUUCUCGUUGUCAUGUCUUAGACAGGAUCAUCAAUCCAAAAACCUAGAAAUAUAAAAUCGGUCACUGUUCUUAUUGAUCGUCAUUGCUUUUGGCUUUAAUAAAUUAUUUACUGUCAUUAUAUACUGCUGGAUCUUGAUUGUGAACGAUUGUAUAAGUUUUAACUGCAUUUAGAUGUAGUCCGACAUUUGUAGCUGCAUUCUCUACACUGAAUAGCACUGACUAGGUGUUUCAUCAAUCUGGCUGAGGUCAUUGAGCAUCAAUGCUUAAUGUCAUCAGCAAAGUCUAUAUCGCUAACUGUGAUUGGUGGGUGUCAUCUGCUCUCUCUUGGUUCAACUGUAAAGCUGGCAGGAUUGCCGGCUUUUAAUCCUUGCCUCAUUGCAUGGUCAAGGACAUUUUUGUAAAGAGGUAUAGGGCAAGAGUGUUCCCCUGCAAAACCUCCGCUGUGAUUUUAAACCCAUCUGUUUCUCCAUUUGGCGACAGGACAUGUGCCGGAGUGUUCUAAUACAUUUUAACAAUUGUGUUCACAAGUUCAUCAGGUAUGCCAUAUGCCUUGAGAAUACGCAGGAUUUUACCACGAUGAAUGCUGUUGAACAUCCAAUAAAAGCUUGCAAAUGAAAAUGUUCACUGUAUUAACCUUUACAAAAGCCCUAUCCAGUCAAGCAAGUUUCCGUGACAAAUUUUUCCAGGCAAGAAAAAAUGCUUAGUGUGUAAACACAGCUUUGCUAUGUAUGAUUACUUUUAUGGGGUAGUGGAGGAGGAAGGCUGGUGGGAUUUGAAGGGCAUUCCUGUGAUAUAAAGUGAUCCCACUAUUUAGUCCUAAAUAGUUUUGAUGUUAUGUUGUGAUGACCUUUUUUUAUAUUUUAAGAAGAAAGUGAAAAAGUCAGGUCAAUAUUCGUCUAGUUGGCUUGUUUACAGGAACAUAAAUAAGCCAAGUACAGGAAUAUCAAUGGCUUGAAUGACUAUGCAGAUGUCAAAAAUUAUACUGGAAAGAAACCUCUGCUAACAGUGUUAUCAUCCCAGUUGUUUUUUAUUUUAAAAAUAGACAAUUAGAGGCCAUCAAGAACAGUUGACUUUACCACUGAUUGAAGUUUUUGCUGAAAGGAUAAUAAAGUAGGAGUGUCAUGGGGCAUGCUCGCUAGUGAAACUUUGAACCUUUAAAUUUUCAUUCAUUUUUACAGAUAGCCCAAACGUAUAUGGAGUAUUUUGGUGACCCGCUUUUCUUAGUUUUUUUUUGUUAAACACCACCAGAAGAAAGACGCAAGGUGGGUCAUUUUGACUAAAAGGCAGAACUCAACAGGUAUUUUGAUGAUUCACGUACACUGGCUUCAAACGACUUUCAUUGGGUCAGGGAUUUCUUUGCCCUACCAUGUAUGCCCCCGGCCCCGCUAGGAGGGGGCUGUAUAAAGGCCUUGGCGGUAGGCGUGUCUAAGGCGUGACCGGGGGCACGUCAGUAUAGGUGUUAAAAUGUUAAGAUUUUGUUGGGCCUGGGCGGUUUGCAUCCCCUCGAUGGCUCGACUCAAGGCGUCAUCCUCGCCUGAGAGCUUUUUCAUUACAUCUCUGAAGCCUUCCUCCUCUGACUCGCUUUCAGCCGCUCUUGUGCGCUUUCGUCGGUUUUUGCGCUCCUUGCGGCGUGUGGUCUGGGCACUCGACUCCGAGUUUGUCGAACUGGAGGUAGCGGGCGAAGGAGUAGAGCGUCCUUCUGGUGUUUGCUCGGCAUCUAGCACUGGUUCCGGCGUGGUGAUCCCGACUUGCCUCAGCUUAAUGCAGGUUAUUACAUCCCUGCAGCCUUGCACCGCGUCUAUGGCAUCGUAGUGGGGGCUCUUUUGGAUAUUUCCCCCACUUUGUUUGCGGUUCCAGUCUUUCUUUUCUUUGUAUAGAUUCUUGAGGUGCUUCAGCUUGCGCUGGCACUGAUCUACUGUUUUUGUAAUGCCUUGUUUAUCGUUCAAAGCUCUAACAAUUUCAUUCCAAGCUUUCCUACUGUCCUUGCUUUCCAGGCGGUCGAUAUUAUCGGCCCAUAACUGGACCAGGACAGCCUCGUCUCUUGUUUGCCAACGCUCGCGGCUCUUCUGAGUCGAAGGUCCAGGCUUUGAUGGCUCAGUUAGGAGCGAUGGCGAUGGCGUUUGUACCGUGGGAUUAAACUGCUCUGCUCCUUGCUGCAUACCAUGACUUGAAGAAUAAUAAAACCCAGGAAAUUGGAGAAAUUCCCUCGAGCCACUUCCAGGAAAGUUCAAUGGAGACCCGGGUUGGUAAGGAGAGUACUGGUUAAAAGGAUCGUUUGGAUAUCUGUUCGCCAUAAUGGUGAGCUGAAAGUAUGGUCGAGUCUCUAUAUUGCGAAACCCUGCAGAUACCAGGAAAUCUGUCUGUCUUCAAACCUGGUGUCGACGUAUUAUUGACAGCUCUCCAUUGUUUUUUACCUCUUUUGCCCGAUAUAACCCGCUCCGAGGCAGGACAUCGGAUCCUUUGAUCUUAUGUCCUGCGAAGCUCGUAUGUCGCUAAGCGCGACAUAAGGGUCGCGCUUGUCUGAGGCUAGCGAUGACAGGUCAAACACCUAUCCAAACACAUUUGUCCUUGAACGCGACCCUUGCCCUAGGUUAGAGGCUACUGCGAACGUGAGAUACCAUGUUUCAUAGUGUUAUGACUGAAUCAACGAGAUUUCCGGAGGGCAUGAGAAGGGGCUCGUAGAAGAAAAGUGAGAAUCAACACGAUUUGGCGGGUGUACAACUCAUGUGACCGACUUGUGACAUUAUUAAGUAUCGGAAAUUAUGCAUAUAUUAGAUGGACAAAACGAUUGUGUUUUAAAACAUGCAAAGAGCUGAGCAGGAUGGCUACAGUGUCGGGACUGCUGAUUGUUGUGUUAAUUUUCUUGUGUGCUCUCAAGUACUCCGAGUCAAGAUCUUUUGUCAUAGAUUACGAGAACAACUGCUUUCUCAAAGAUGGUAAACCCUUUCGUUACAUCGCUGGGUGCUUUCACUAUUUCAGGGUUCCUCGCGUGUACUGGAAAGACAGGCUCAUGAAAAUGAAAGCAGGCGGCUUAAACUCAGUCCAAACUUAUGUGGCUUGGAAUAUUCACGAACCAGUUCAUGGGCAGUAUAACUUCAAAGGCGAUGCAGAUCUUGUGAGCUUUAUAGAACUCGCUAACAGCGUUGGACUGUUGGUGAUUCUCAGACCCGGACCUUAUAUUUGCGCUGAGUGGGAAAAUGGCGGGUAUCCAUCAUGGUUAUUGAUGAAGAACUCAUCGAUUUCCUUAAGAACCAUGGACAACAAGCAAUACCUAUCGUAUGCAGAGUCCUGGCUGAGCGUGCUAUUGCCCAUGAUGAAGCCAUUGCUGUACUCAAAUGGGGGACCAAUCAUAUCAGUCCAAGUUGAAAAUGAGUAUGGAUAUUACAGCGCAUGUGAUCUGAACUAUUUGAAGUUUCUUGAAGAGUUGUUUCGUAAAUACCUUGGCAAUGAUGUUAUUCUUUUUUCAAACAAUGGCGCCCGUGAGUCUUUAUUAAAGUGUGGUACUAUCCCUUCCCUGUAUCCCACUUUGGACAUUGGUGCCGGAACUAAUUUAGAUAGGGCAUCUGCAGCAAAGCGGAAGUUUGCCCCCAGGGGACCUUUGGUAGUCACUGAGUAUUACCCAGGGUGGUUGGAUCGGUGGAGUGUACCCCACCAAACCAGUUCUGCACAGAGAGUUGAUAAGACCUUUGACAAAAUGCUGGCAAUGAAUGUAUCUGUAGCCUUUUACAUGUACAUGGGAGGAACUAACUUUGGUUUCAUGAAUGGUGGACGUUACCAUCAAACUUUACUGACGAGCAUUACGAGUUAUGAUUAUGAUGCACCUUUGACAGAAGCUGGUGAUACAACUACAAAAUUUCAUGUCCUGCGAGAGACAAUUGCCAAGUAUGAGAAGAUACCCGAGAUUCCCAUCCCACCAAACACUACAAAGUUUGCAUAUGGUAAAGUUCAAAUGACACAACUUUCAACCUUCCUUGAUGCUGUACCAAAGCUUUCUGCUCCCCAUGGCCCUGUAAAUUCAACCUUUCCUUUAACCAUGGAACAAAUUGGACAAAGCUAUGGAUUCAUUCUUUACCAAACACAAAUUCCUGCAGAGUAUGCUCAGUCAACAGUUGUCUUGAAUAUCACUAGCUUAGCACGUGACCGUGCCAUUGUGUAUGUGGGAAAAAUUCGUCAAGCUACAAUGUACCGUGAUCCUAAAGAUCAGACUGCAUCUCUCAUCAUUCAGAAUGAGUUGCAGCUUGAUAUUUUGGUGGAAAAUAUGGGAAGAGCCAAUAAAGGUUGGGCUGAGCCUAAAGGGAUCAUUGGUAAUGUUACAAUAAAUGGUGCAGUUCUUGUCAAUUGGAAGACAUAUCCUAUAAACUUAGAUAAUCUCUUUUCAGCUACCGAUGGCUAUCUUAACAUUGAGCAACACCAAAAGGAGUUAUUUACUAACAGCUUUGCACCUACAUUUUUUCACGGGGAAUUCUUCGUAAAUUCCUCGCACGACACAUUUCUUCACCUGCCUGGAUGGAGUAAAGGGCAAGUGUUUGUAAAUGGCUUUAAUUUGGGUCGUUACUGGCCUGUGAUUGGUCCACAAAUCACAUUGUUUGUACCAGCAAAUGUGAUAUCACUCAAGCAGAAAACUGCCAGUGUUGUGUUAUUGGAGUUGGAUGGUGCUCCCUGUGAAUCUCCUGAAACUUGUUUUGUUGAGUUUGUGACAACUCCUAUUUUAAAUGGGACUGUACAUCCUAUAGUAGAUGGUGAAUUCAGUGUGAACACUUUAAAAACUGAGAAAUUUCAUUGACCCAUAGAUGGAAACUGCAUUGUUACAGUCAAACUGGGAAAACCAUGAACACCAGAGAUAUUUCUGGAAUGUUAUUGUGUUGCAAGAAAAAAGCCAAUCAGGCAUGAGAAAACUGAACCGCAUGGGAGAACGUUAAUGAGUUUGUCGUUUUUGUGGCUAGUGUCCUUAUCUUUGUUGUGAUUAGUCAUAACACAAUAAACAUUCCUAAGAUAUUUCAAGUGUUCACGGUUUUCCCAAUCACAGGGUAAUACUGUUUGAUUGCACUCAAUAAGUCAUCCGUGGAUCAAAACAUAGAACCAGCUGACUUAAUUUGUGAAGCUUUGUUAAUUAAGUUUUAGACCUUGUUGGAGAUUGUAGGAAAUAGAAAACAACAACAAAAAAUACUAUUAUAAAGGAUUUAAAUCCAUCUUACCCUUUCUACAAAACAAAAAUAUUCAUGUCAUUACAAGAACCCACCACCUCAAAAAAGAGGUUGACAGGUUAAGUUUCUUGUCGUUUUAAGCAGUUCAAAGACCUGAUUAAAUUUUGUAAAGCUAUGAGACUGCACUGGGAUUUUAGUAAGCACUAUAGUUGCUGUUCACACCAGCAAUGUACUUGGUUACUAAUAUAUUGUAGAUUUAGAUAAACAGGAAAUAUAGAUAGAAUAUUUUAGAAUGUUUUUCAAAACAUGAUAUUUUAAUGUGAGAUGUUUAGUGUAUACAUUUCUGAAAUGUUGCAACACUAGCAUAGAUCACUUAAAAAUUUAAAAACAAUUUUCUAGUUUUGCUGUUUCCUUUGUAUUAAACCCUUUUACAUUGAAUUUAUCAAAGAAAGUAAGAUCCAUCUUUUUAGAAAUAUUAACCUUGUGUGUGUAUAGUAACUUGUUUUUUUCGUUUUGAUAACUGUCAGACGCACUUCACAUGAGUCACCUGCUGGGGAGACUGAGUUAACCACCGUACUGCCUGUGUAUUUGACGUUAAAUAAAUCGCCUUAUGUUUUCUUAUCUCAAUUGUGAAACCUAAAAUUGUGUUUUUUGUAAAUUUAGUUCGCUCAACAACUAAAUAAAUGAAUAAAUAAGUAAAUAAGUAAAUGAAAACGUUUAUUAAGAAAUAAUUGGCUAAAAGGUGCAAGACGAAUUGAAGGUAGCCGGGUGCUCAGAACCUGAUAAAUCUAGGGUGUCCAGCAUAACAGUUCUUUGAAAAAGCGAAGGAUUUCCUCAUUGAACAAGAGCAAAAGUUAGGUGCCAAGGAAAAUCGUUGCCGCCUGGCUUAAAACUGAAGAAACCUUAUGUAGUUAAACAUCUGCAACUGGGAUCCUGUCCAUAAGUAAAGAAAAAAAAACACUCAAUAAAGAUACUGAAACAUUGCCCAGUGUUUUUUCAUUGCUUUUUCUCGCGAUUGAUAAGGUUUUACAUCAUUUACCCAUCCAUGAAACCUGUCACGAUAUUGUCUGCUCGUUUCGUUGAACAAGCUUGGUUAGCGAUAAAUUCAAGACACUUCAAGGGAUAUUACAUGGAAUACCAGAGUGGAAUACUAAACUAAAUUUCCACGUGCGUCAGAAGGUUGUCCAAAAAUGACUGCGGAAUAGACUGAGCAACAGGAUCUUGAAUAACCUUUUCAUUAUUUCUAUUGAAGGACCAAAGCUAGAGUAAUUCGACUUGGAGAAAGCAGCGGACUUCUUGGGGGGGGCUUAAAAAUGUAGGAGGUUAACGGCUACUUCCAGGCGCGGAUCUAGGACAAAUACUGACCGAUUUCCUAAACAAGCGCCGAAGCGUCCAGCGGGGUCCGGGAGCAUGCUCCCCCAGGAAAUUUUUUAACUCCCUCAAGUCCCCUUUCCUGGGUUUCUGUGUCAUUCAGGUGGGAUAUUGACCAGUUCCAUUCUCCUCGGAUAAAGCAUUUGUCCAAUGCAUUUUCCAGAUUUCAUCCUCGAAACUUUUUUUUAUUAAAAAUACAUUUAUUAUGAAAAAUCUGACCGAUUUCCGUAAAACGGUGGAAACCGGUGUUGAUCCGCGCCUGACUUCCUAGACAGCAUGACACUUCACUCUUGCGAAUUUUGCAAGUCUUUAUUUUGUAUUAUACUAGAUUAGGAUUUUGUCAGAAUACCCCCUGGCCUUCCCCAGAUCCUGGGGAGAACACUGAGACUCCCUUUUUUUACAUAAAUACUACCUUUCCUACCAGUAACUUCAUUUGCUGUUAAAGACAGACCACAGACUUCAAACUAAAGCCUAAUAAAAGGUUACAAAUAAAAAUGUUCAGUGUUUUAACCUGUACGAAAGCCCUAUUCAAUAAAGCAAGUUUUCUUGACAAAUUUUUCUGGGAACGAAAAAAUGGUUAGUGUGUAAACACAGCUUUGCUAGGUAUCAUUACUUUUAUGUGGCAGUGGAGGAGGAAGGCUGGUGGGAUUUGAAGGGCAUUCCUGUGAUAUAAAGUGAUCCCACUAUUUAGUCCUAAAUAUAUAUUUGAUGUUUAUGUUGCGAUGACCUAUUUUUACAUUUUAAGAAGAAAGUGAAAAAUAAAAAGUCAGGUCAACAUUCACAUAGUUGGCUUGUUUACAGGAACAUGAACAAGCCAACUACAGGAAUAUCAAUGGCUUGAAUAACUCGAUAACUAUACAGAUGCCAAAAACCAUGCAGGAAAGAAAUCUCUGCUAACAGUGUUAUCAUCUCAGUUGUUUAUUAUUUAAAAAUAGACAAUUAGAGGCCAUCAAUAACAGUUGACGUUACCACUGAUUGAAGUUUUUGUAGGAGUGUCAUGGGGCAUGAUCGCCAGUGAAAAUUUGAACCUUUAAAUUUUCAUUUAAAUUUUUUUCUGGCUAUGACUAUUUGGAUUUUUACAGAUACCCCAAACGUAUAUGGAGUAUUUUGGUGACCCGCUUUUCUUCGUUUUUUUUUGUUCAACACCACCAGAAGAAAGACGCAAGGUGGGUCAUUUUGACUAAAAGGCAGAACUCAAGAGGUAUUUUGAUGAUUCGCGCACACCGACUUUCAUUGCGUCAGGGAUUUCUUUGCCCUACCAUAUAUGCCCCCGGCCCCGUUAGCCUUUCUUCCCUGAGGAAAAAACGGUAAAAGAACCCCUUAUCUGACUUUUUCCUGAGAGGAGGGGGCUGUAUAAAGGCUUUUGAGGUAGGCGUGUCUAAGGCGUGACCGGUGGCACGUCAGUAUAGGUGUUAAAAUAGACGAUAACAGGCCUGGGUUAGAGGCUACUGCGAACGUGACAUACCAUGUUUCAUAGUGUUACGAGAAGGGGCUCGUAGAAGAAAACUGAGAAUCAACACGAUUUGGCGGGUGUACAACUCAUGUGACCGACUUGUGACAUUAUUAAGUAUCGGAAAUUAUGCAUAUAUUAGAUGGACAAAACGAUUGUGUUUUAAAACACGCGAAGAGCUCAGCAAAAUGGCUACAGUGUCGGGACUGCUGAUUGUUGUGUUAAUUUUUUUGUGUGCUCUCAAGUACUCCGAGUCAAGAUCUUUUGUUAUAGAUUACGAGAACAACUGCUUUCUCAAAGAUGGUAAACCCUUUCGUUACAUCGCUGGGUGCUUUCACUAUUUCAGGGUUCCUCGCGUGUACUGGAAAGACAGGCUCAUGAAAAUGAAAGCAGGCGGUUUAAACUCAGUCCAGACUUACGUCGCUUGGAAUAUUCACGAACCAGUUCAUGGCCAGUACAACUUCAAAGGCGAUGCAGAUCUUGUGAGCUUUAUAGAACUCGCGAACAGCGUUGGACUUCUAGUGAUUCUCAGACCCGGACCUUAUAUUUGCGCUGAGUGGGAAAAUGGCGGGUAUCCAUCGUGGUUAUUGAUGAAGAACUCAUCGAUUUCCUUAAGAACCAUGGACAACAAGCAAUACCUAUCGUAUGCAGAGUCCUGGCUGAGCGUGCUAUUGCCCAUGAUGAAGCCAUUGCUGUACUCAAAUGGGGGACCAAUCAUAUCAGUCCAAGUUGAAAAUGAGUAUGGGUAUUACAGCGCAUGUGAUCUGAACUAUUUGAAGUUUCUUGAAGAGUUGUUUCGUAAAUACCUUGGCAAUGAUGUUAUUCUUUUUUCAAACAAUGGCGCCCGUGAGUCUUUAUUAAAGUGUGGUACUAUCCCUUCUCUGUAUCCCACUUUGGACAUUGGUUCCGGAGCUAAUUUAGAUAGGGCAUCUGUAGCAAAGCGGAAGUUUGCCCCCAGGGGACCCUUGGUAGUCACUGAGUAUUACCCAGGGUGGUUGGAUCGGUGGAGUGUACCUCAUCAAACCAGAUCUGCACAGAGAGUUGAUCAGACCUUUGACAAAAUGCUGGCAAUGAAUGUAUCUGUAGUCUUUUACAUGUACAUGGGGGGAACUAACUUUGGUUACAUGAACGGUGGACGUUACCAUCAAACUUUACUGACGAGCAUUACGAGUUAUGAUUAUGAUGCACCUUUGACAGAAGCUGGUGAUACAACUACAAAAUUUCAUGUCCUGCGAGAGACAAUUGCCAAGUACGAGAAAAUACCCGAGAUUCCCAUCCCACCAAACACGACAAAGUUUGCAUAUGGUAAAGUUCAAAUGACACAACUUUCAACCUUCCUUGAUGCUGUGCCAAAGCUUUCUGCUUCCCAAGGCCCUGUAAAUUCAACCUUUCCUUUAACCAUGGAACAAAUUGGACAAAGCUAUGGAUUCAUUCUUUACCAAACACAAAUUCCUGCAGAGUUUGCUCAGUCGACAGUUGUCUUGAAUAUCACUAGCUUAGCACGUGACCGUGCCAUUGUGUAUGUGGGAAAAAUUCGUCAAGCUACCAUGUACCGUGAUCCUAAAGAUCAGACUGCAUCUCUCAUAAUUCAGAAUGAGUUGCAGCUUGAUGUUUUGGUGGAAAAUAUGGGAAGAGCCAAUCAAGGUCACGCUGAGCCUAAAGGGAUCAUUGGUAAUGUUACAAUAAAUGGUGCAGUUCUUGUCAAUUGGAAGACAUAUCCUAUAAACUUAGACAAUCUCUUUUCAGCUACCGAUGGCUAUCUUAACAUUGAGCAACACCAAAAGGAGUUAUUUACUAACAGCUUUGCGCCUACAUUUUUUCAUGGCGAAUUCUUCGUAAAUUCCUCAUAUGACACAUUUCUUCACCUGCCUGGAUGGAGUAAAGGGCAAGUGUUUGUAAAUGGCUUUAAUUUGGGUCGUUACUGGCCUGUGAUUGGUCCACAAGUCACAUUGUUUGUACCAGCAAAUGUGAUAUCACUCAAGCAGAAAACUGCCAGUGUUGUAUUAUUGGAGUUGGAUGGUGCUCCCUGUGAAUCUCCUGAAACUUGUUUUGUUGAGUUUGUGACAACUCCUAUUUUAAAUGGGACUGUACAUCCUAUAGUAGAU